AUGAGUAGUACAUGGAGAGCUAUAGGACUAGCGUUCCAUACUAAUCCGAUCUCGCAGUCAUUACAAGCUCUCUUGGCUUGCAUUUCGGAAACAAGCCGUUUGGACUGGGCGCAUGAAGAGGAUCCAGAAGCUUCUUUCUAUGCAACGGCUUGUGGCAGUUAUAUGCCGUUCAUGCAGACAGCCAUGCAUUGUUAUGUGUCACUGACAGAAAACGAAUCAACAAGUCUUGUCGACCGGUUGAAUACCUACAGAAGUAAUUGUAACGGCGUGGCAGGUACGAAUUUCUCGGAAAGCCAAAUUUGGGACAUUUGGAGCAACGGGACGCAGUUUUUGCGAGACUCGCACAACGUGGGCGAGAAAGUUCACUCAGCGCCAGUGUUAUUGUCUCAAGACGACAUUUUUGCGACUUACAACUACUACCACUACACAUUCUACAACCUGAGUGCCGCUUUUAAUUUCAACCUGGUGAUCAAUGGUAGUGUUGUAGUUCUGGUGUUAUUUGCGAUUUGGGCUCGCUACACUUCUUGCAACACAAGAUUUGUACGUGCUGUAAGGUCCAAGCUUCUGGUCCCAGCAAUUUUCGGUACAACGCACCAUACCGAGAGUCGACCUUUUCCUUUUUACAAAGUGUUGCUCCCCACAAGAGGCGAUGCUGUAGCCCUAGCGGUUUUCCUAUCAAUUAACGCAGUAAUCGCACUUUACAAUUUCCCAGUGGUAAGUUCGAACAUGGACACCAAGUUUUACUUUCUGGUACGGUGCGUUGCCAAUCGGUGUGGUGGGCUAGCGUUUGGUUUAGUUCCUCUGACGAUUCUUCUUGCAGGAAGAAAUAAUCCGCUUCUAAAUCUCACAGGUGUGCCAUAUUCCAGUUUCAUAUUCUUUCACAAGUGGGCAGCACGUACCAUGACACUUUACGCUUUUACGCAUUCGAUGCUAUGGACGAUGUUUGUGGUGGUUCGAGAAAGAAUGUCGUUUUGGUAUUUCUUCUUCAACUACGAGUACUGGCGAUGGGGAACUUGGGCAACAGUGGCGGCCACUGCACUGAUAUUCCAUUCGAUUCACUCAAUUAAGGCCAAACAAUAUGAGAUUUUCCUGACAGUCCAUAUCAUAAUGGCCUUGGUCUUCAUAGCGGGAUGCUUAAAACAUUGUGCCACUUUUGGAUGGCUAGGAUGGAUAUAUCUAGCCGUUGCAUUUUGGGCUUGGGAUCGGGCAAUUCGACUCUGGCGUCUUUUUUUCAAUUUUGGCGGUUACAGAAACGCCUACGCUCGCUGCAUAUCAGUUCAGGAGGAGCUUUUCCAAAUCACCGUGCCACAUGUUGAGUCCGCACGAUUUCAAUUCUUUCCAGGAUGCUACGGAUUUCUGUACUUUCUGGGCCGCAGUUCGUUCUGGCAGUCGCAUCCGUUCACGCUAAUGAAAAGUAAAGAUAAUUUGGAGGUUAUCGUGAAGGCCAAGGGGGGGAUUACUCGGGAGCUGUAUGAGACCUUGCCACAAGAUGGUACGAAAGUCCCGUUAAGGGUUGCGAUUGAGGGCCCAUACGGCCAUGAGGCCUCACUAUCGUCUUACGACAACGCUCUGUUGAUCGCAAGCGGUGCCGGACUACCAGGCCCGCUCAGUUACCUGAACAAAGCUACUGACCAAAUGGAUGAAACCGGUAAUUACACUUUUGUCUGGAUUGUGCCAACUGAAGCCUUUUUGGCAACCAUGCAGAACGAAUUUUCAAGGAUCAGUGAGAAAGUGCGCUUGCAGGGUGCGAAGAGAAAUAUAAAGAUCCAUGUUUACGUUACUAGACCUCAGCUGAACGAGGAAUAUGCGGACUGGUGGCCGCAAGAGAUACAGGUGCACAAAUACAAGCCCGAUGUGGAGGAAAUCGUGAGCUCUUUUUGCAAAGCCGCGACCGGGACCAUUGGCGUCGUCUCGUGUGCGAACCCAGGGCUAGACGACAAAAUCCGGCAUUACGUUGCAGGCCACAUAUUGCAUCACGGGAGUCGCAUAGACUAUUUCGAUGAACUACAGGUAUGGUGA